GCUGGGGGUCAAUCCAUGGGGUGUAUUUUCGGGGCGCACCCAUCGCGCAGCUCCCGCGGAGCACCCCGGGGUGCCGAUCCCGGCGGGGCGCCCGGAGCGCCACCGGCACCCCGCGGCCUUUGUGACACCGCCACCCCCGAGUGUCACCGUCACCAGGACACCGCUGCCACCAACAGCGCUGUCCCCGCGGCCGAGAUGGCACCGGCGGGACCGGCGGGACACCGGGACCCACCGGGAAAGGACCGGAGCGACCCCGCGCACAGCUCCGGGGGGCGGCGGGGGGACCCCGAGGAGCCCCGGUACCGAUCCCCCGGGCCCCGGUACGCGGUGCCCGCCGGUGGUACCGCCCGGGACCGCCACCGCGGGGCCGCGUUCACCAUGGGCGGCCGGUUACCGGAGCGGGGCAACGGGGACACACCGGGACCAGGGCAUUAUUUCCCGGAGCGGGCACACAGGCUGACCGUGCCCACGGCCCCCGCCUGCUCCAUCCGGGCCCGCAGCCGCACGGACAGACCCCCGCCAACCCCAGGCCCUGCCACCUACCAGCUGCCACCCGUGAUGGGUCCCCGCCUGGUGACAAAGCCAUCGACCCCCCAGUGCACCAUGACCGGGAGAGGCCCCGGAAUCUUCGAUGGCGAGGAAAAGAGCCCCGGACCCAACAGGUACGGCACCGUGGACCCCAACCUGUACCUGGCACGGGCCCCCCGCUGCACCUUAGCGGGGCGCGGCCGCCCCAGCCCGACCCCACAGACACCCGGCCCCAGUGACUACUGCCCCAAACAGGAGCGGAGACAAGGACAGAGCUUCGGCGUGCGCCACGCGGAGUGCGUUGUGCCCGUACCGGACCGGUGCCCGUGACGGUCCGGUGCCCGUACCGGACCCGUGCCCGUGACGGACCCGUGCCCGUGACGGACCGGUGCCCCCAGGGCAGCGGGCACGGGGCUGGCACCGUCCUCCCGUGACAAACAUGACCCGCAGC